AUGGCGCAAACACAACCCCAACAGUUUUCCCAGUCCUUCUCACCUCCAGGACCCUCUCCAUCACCCGGCCCGUCACCAGUGAAUGGGAGUGGCGUUCCUCCAAAGCGACAACAUCUCUCUCCUCUCCCGCAAUCCUCACAGUCGCCAUACGUCUCCCCAAGCUUUGGAACCUUACAGUUACCACAGACUCAGCCUGUUGUCAUGAAUGGAACAAACGUGAACGGGAUACCCCAAACACCAGCACCCCCGCCUCCAGGAACCAUGGGGCCCCCAUCUCGUCCGGUGGAGAAAGCUACAGAUGCCGCUGAACUAACCGAUGUUCUGGCCUCAUCUGGAAUCGAUGUGAGGGAAGAAGAAGCUUAUCUCACCAGCAGUUACUCCGCUCCAGGGGUUCAGGCACAGCAGCCACCAAGGCCCCAACAACAGCCUCCACAGCAGCAACCUCCUCCCCUAAACACCUCUUUUACAUCUCAAACAUCUAAUACUGGGACAAUCUCAUCAACUCCUAGCUUCAGUGAGCCCUCGCAGUUCAAGCCAUCGGGGACCCAGGAAUCCAUCUAUACCGAACCUUCCACUCAACCCCCAGCACCCUUCAAGGACCCUAAUGAGCCGACUCGGGAAGACAGUGAAGCGGCCAGACGCGCGCAAUAUCAUUUACAGGAGCCGUUCCUAUUGACCAAGGUGUUAGAACAACGGCUCCAGCGACGUGGUUUUGAGCUUGGUGUUCGGAUACCUGCAGAGGGUUUGUUUCAUCCAGUGCCCGGUCGCCCACAGCCUAUUGAGGUUACUGGACCCGACGGCUCAUCCGUUGUGCGUACGGGCCAAACUAUUCUAAAUCAAGAGGGUGCUCCAUUAGUCGAUAUUUUGAAUCUGAUGUCAAUAUCAUGCGAGGAGCGACUCCGAACCGUGAUUGAUUACUCUUCAACGCUUGCCCAAAGCAGGCGCGCGCACUCACAUGGAACGGUGCCUAUUGAAUGGAAGGACCUUGCAUCAUCGGCUGAUGAAGUGAAUGGCAAAGUCGAUGGUCCUCAAACACCAUCCCUCAAACGGCCCCACCCAGAGACACAGCAGUCGAUAGCCAGAUCUAUCUCCGAAAAAUACCGUCUCCUAGUGGAUAAAGACGUUUCCAACGAGGAGGCUCGCGCCGCGAAACGAGCCAAGCGGAGCGCCAGUGCCAUCUUGGGAGAAGGCGGGACAACAAGAUCAGAAUCGGUAGAUAUUCCGGGAUCUGGUGCUUCGACACCUAUUGGGGAAAGAGCUCCUAGCAUGGAUAAAAAAGGGCUUUCCAAGAAAGAAGCCAGAAAACUUAUUGACGCAAAAGCGAACGAAGCGCAGCAACACCAACAGUCUGUGGAAACAGCAAGAAUGGCUACAAACAGCAUGCUAUCAGGCAGCAGAUUCGGAAGCAAAAAGACGUAUUCUUGGCUCAAUCGUGGCCCAGCUGCUGGAAGCGGUUUUUCCACCCCAACACGCGUUAACACCGCCGCCCCAAGCACCACUACAGAAAAGCCCAGCCGCCCUGGUGAGCCGACAAAUGUACCAACCAAACGUCUCGGAGUUUGGCGGGAAGACAAAGAGAAGGGCGCUGGCAUCCAGGUCCGAGAUAUUCUGUUCAUGCUCGAACUUGAUGGAAGAGGGUCCAGACAUAUCCAAAAGGCGUACUCGAAAGAUCUGAAGGAGGAUCGGAUAGACUGA